AUGCAAGUUUGUGCCCACGCAAGUGCCUGCUGCAAUUUAGGACGACCUUCGAACCCGUCGAGCUUGAGGACUUCUGUGGGAACAACGACUGCUGCUGAUCUCGUGACUCAGUCUCGAGGCGACACAUCAGAGACACAAGUCGUGCAUGAGCCCUUCGCUGAAGAAGUUCGAAAUGACCUCUCGAAGCUUCCGGACAUGGAGGUGUUCCCGGCCACCACGAAUAUGGCGGUGUCCCCGGCCACCACUGACGGCAUUUUGUCCCCGACAGCAGAGAGAGUUCAGGAUGGCAGCGACCGCUCAUUCGUGUACACCUCCCCGCAUGCCGACGACAGGGCAAUCGCCUUGCCGUUUUCACCGACACCAAAAGAUGUUGGUCUUCAUGGCAAGGACGGCGCAGAGGUCAGUCGCGUGUCGAGUUUCAAUGUGGACAGCCCCAUCGCAGACGAGCAGCACGCAUCCAAGGUACUGGAAUCCAAGGACAAAGACCCGAUGUCACAUCAACCUUGUCAGCAAGGUGAUGCGAGUCCACGCCCCGGAAGCAGUAUGGGCGGGGCACAGUCUCGAAGGGCCAACCUGCCGCUGCCCGCACGGCCGGGAAGCAGCGCAUCUCCCCGGAGGAAGUCUUUCAGCGUCAACGACCCUCGGCUGAUCCGGUUUAGGGUUAAGGGUUUAGGGUUAAGGGUUUAG